UCUACAUGUUUCCGAGCCGUAUAACAACGCACCAGAGUGAGUGGCGACAGAGACCGCUUAGAGAGAGAGAGAGAGAUCUCUACAAAUCUCUCCUUUUCUCUUCUCUUCUCAUUUUUCUCCGCUCCAGAUUUGUUUGAGCAAUGUCCGACGAGCCUGCUCCCAGUCGCUGGUCCUUUCAGGAUUUUAAAUUGUUUUAUGAUGCGAAGUUUGGUAGAAAGAAAGCGCCGGAGCCGCAGCAAAACGGGCAGUCCACUAAUGGAGCAGUGAGUAAUGGAAGUAGUUCCGGAGUGACCGCGAAUGGGAAUGGUCACGUGAAGAGGACAGCUGACUUGGCCAUCUAUGAGCAAUUUCAAAACCAGGGUAGGGGCCCCGUGCCUCACUCAAAUGGAGUCUUAUCUGAUCAACAUGAUGAAAUACCGCAGAAGUCCCUUUUACCUUCUUUUGAAUCAGCAGAAAUGCGUUCUUUAGGAGAGAGUUUAUGCAGGGAUAUAAUUCGGGGUAGUCCAGAUGUUAAGUGGGAAAGCAUCAAGGGAUUAGAGAAUGCCAAGCGUUUGCUCAAAGAAGCAGUGGUCAUGCCAAUUAAAUAUCCCAAGUACUUUACUGGACUUUUAACACCGUGGAAAGGUAUUCUCCUUUUUGGCCCUCCAGGGACAGGAAAGACAAUGCUUGCCAAGGCUGUUGCAACAGAGUGCAAGACCACAUUUUUCAACAUUUCAGCAUCGUCUGUUGUCAGCAAAUGGCGUGGCGACUCAGAGAAGUUAGUGAAGGUGUUGUUUGAGCUUGCUAGGCACCAUGCACCAUCAACUAUAUUUAUUGAUGAAAUUGACUGCAAUUAUUAGUCAACGUGGUGAGGACGAAGUGAGCAUGAAGCAAGUAGGCGUCUGAAGACGAGCUACUCAUUGCAGAUGGAUGGUUUGACAAAGACAAGUGAACUUGUUUUUGUUUUGGCUGCUACAAAUCUUCCCUGGGAACUGGAUGCAGCCAUGCUCCGGCGUCUUGAGAAGCGAAUUCUUGUGCCUCUGCCUGAACCAGAAGCAAGAAGAGCCAUGUUCGAGGAGCUCCUGCCAGUACAGCCUGAUGAGGAGAAGCUUCCUUAUGAUUUGUUGGUGGAUAAAACUGAAGGAUAUUCAGGUUCAGAUAUUCGAUUGGUGUGCAAGGAGGCUGCUAUGCAGCCUCUGAGACGUGUAAUGACAUUCCUUGAAGACAAAGAGGACACGGUUCCUGAGGAUGAACUGCCCAAGGUUGGACCGAUCAAACACGAAGAUAUUGAGACGGCUUUGAAGAACACAAGGCCGUCUGCUCAUCUCCAAGUUCAUCGUUACGAGAAGUUCAAUGCUGAUUAUGGUAGUCAAAUACUCCAAUGACGGCGCACAAUCUCUCUUGUCUUGUAUCGUUAGAUGUACUUUUCGUAGUUUUGAAGAUCACUAGAUUAUCAUUGCCCACUCGCAUUUAUAGGGUUCUGAUAAGUGUGAUUCACGUAAAACCGAAUAAGAACUUGGCUUCCUUGACAAAAAAAUAGGUUACUUGAUUUGUAUUUCUAAGAUUCUGGUUUUGUGAUUCUGAUUCGAUGUAACAUGUAAGAACAGAUUAGCAUGGAUAGGCAUUAAUCUUUUGAAUUCAA